AUGGUACUAUCCGAAUUCGAAAGACAAAGACAGGAGAAUAUCCAACGUAACAAACAACUUCUCCAACAACUCAGUCUUGACGCCAUCUCUUCCUCCAUUGCUCGUGAAGCAAGUCCAUCCACCACCAAGACCAAAAAGACAACCAAACCCGCGUCAUCUAAAAAGCGUAAAACCGAAACUAGAGUCAAAAAAGAAAGCAGUGCUGAGCCAACUCGUAGAUCGAGAAGAUUGGCGGGUAUAAAGACCGAAUCGGAGAAUCCGGAGGAAUAUGCCAGGAUUAGAGAUGAGGAAGAGGCUAAAGAACGGAAGAAGAGGGAGAUUGAACGAUUGAAGAGAACGAAAUUGUUUGGGGAAUUUAAAUUGAUGGAUUUGGUAACUGAUAAAAAGCUGGGUGAAUUAGUGAAUGAAGAAAAAGUAAUUGGUUCCGUAAGUUCCAAUGGGGUGAAAAAGGAAGUAGAAGAUGAAGACAUGGACAAUGCUAAACGAACCCUUGAAUUGAUUCAAUCAUUAGGUGAUAAAUUCUCAGCUGGGGAUUUUUAUGAAGUUAUUAGAAAUAGUGAAAAACUGGCCAACGUUUCGCUUGAAUCCAAACGUAAAGAAUUCGACUCGUUACAUAUCUAUGAAAAGCAUGAUCCAUUAGAUAUCAAAAUCUCCCAUUCCAGAAUCACAGCGAUCCAUAUGCAUCCAUCCCAAGAUAAUAGACUCAUCCUCGCCGGUGAUACUAUGGGAAAUGUAGGUCUCUGGGCCGUCGACUCCACCACAAAUGAGGAAGAGCCCGAACCAGCUAUCACAAUCUUACAUCCUCAUGGAAGAAACAUAUCCAAGAUCAUAACCCCAACCUAUGCCCCUCUGAAAAUAUACACAGCUUCAUAUGAUGGAAGUGUCCGUUCUUUGGAUUUACAUAAAUUGGAAUCUACUGAAUUGGCCUAUUUGAAUGAUCCAUAUGAAUCCUCAUCGAAUUAUUUCUUGGGUGUAUCCGAUAUAAACCAAUGUAUGGAAGGGAAUCCGAAUGUGAUAUAUAUGACUACACUUGAAGGACACUUUUAUCAAUAUGAUACCAGGGAGCCAUUUGUUGGAAUUAAGAGGAAAGAUUUAUUGCGUCUUCAUGAUAAGAAAAUUGGUGGGUUUACUAUCAAUCCCACUAUGUCCACUCAGAUCGCUACUGCUUCUUUGGAUCGUAGUUUGAGGAUUUGGGAUCUUAGAAAUAUUGGAAAGUCGAGUUGGUCGGAGUAUGAACAUCAGAAAUCUCCACAUAUGUAUGGAAGCUAUUCUUCGAGACUUUCGGUUUCUUGUGUGGAUUGGAAUAGGGAGAAUAGAUUGGUGUGUAAUGGAUAUGAUGACAAUAUUUGUUUGUUUGACUAUAGUGGUGGGGAAGAUACUGGAUUAUCUGUGAUUACUGAAUGGGGAUCAGAUUAUGUCCCACAUCAAUCAAGAAAGAGAAAGGCAGCAGGAGGAGAAGAACAAGAUCUUAUUCCUGAUAAUUUGAAACCAUUUAAUAAAAUCAGACAUAAUUGUCAAACAGGACGUUGGGUUUCGAUUUUGAAAUCAAAAUGGCAACAAGAUCCCCAAGAUGGUAUGCAGAAGUUUGUGAUUGCAAACAUGAACCGUGGUUUGGACAUCUAUGAUCAACAAGGAAACAUAUUGGCUCAUUUGAAUGAAAAAGUGGGUGCUGUCCCUGCGGUUGCAACUAUGCAUCCAACUCAAAAUUGGGUUGUUGGAGGUAGUGCAAGUGGUAAAGUCUACUUCUUUAAAUAG